UUGUAAUCUGCGUGAAAAUGGAAACACCAUCAAAGUUCCUCGAUGCAGUGCACUACCGUCGAAGUAUCUACCAACUUAACAACACAUCCCCGAUAUCCGACGCCCGAAUCGUGGAGAUUGUCAACACCAUUAUUCAAGAUGUGCCCUCUUCUUUCAACUCGCAGUCCACGCGACUACUCGUCCUUCUUCAUAGCGAGCAUUUUCAGUUUUGGAAUAUUGUCCUAGAAUGCUUGAAGGAAAUCGUCCCCGAUGGCGCAUUCCCAAAGACAGAGAAGCGUAUCUCGGGAUUCCAAAACAGCUAUGGCACGAUCUUAUUCUACGAGGAUACAGAGACCGUCAAAGAUCUCCAAGCAAAGUACGAGCUCUACGCGGAUCGAUUCCCACAGUGGGCCGAACACGCCAGCGGCAUGCACCAGUAUGCCCUGUGGACAGCGCUAGAGGCAGAAGGUCUUGGUGCCAAUAUCCAACAUUAUAAUCCGCUGGUCGACCAGCAGGCUGAAAAGACUUGGAACAUCCCGCAGAACUGGCAGCUCAAGGCGCAGUUGGUCUUCGGUGGGUGUGAGGGCGCGGCGCGUGAGUCAUUGCCUCCCAAGACGCAACAACCUAUUGAAGCGCGACUCUUUGUCCACGGCUUGAGGUCGGAU